AUGGCUAAACUUCAGACUGCUGAGGAGCGGGCACUGAUUGCAAAGUGGAACGCGGGAGACUACUCUGCCCAAGGAUGGGUCAACAACACGGAUGGUCUAACGAAGGCGGCGCUUUACGGGUUGGCUGACUACAAUACCAAGAAAUAUUUCAACACGAACAAUAUUGACGAGGUGUUGCCCGGAUUCUCUGACGCGGACACCUUUGUUCUGCCCCAGAACUUCGCUGCAAAUGCUAUCUCAGAUGCACCUAUGGUUAUCUCGACAGCCAGAGUCAACAAUAUACCUUCCACUAUCGCCGAAGUAAGGCUCGGCUUCACUCCAGAGCUCAAUUACUUCCGGGCCAGAUUUCAGUACCAACAAGGUGUAGGGAACUUUCGUGUGAAUGGCCAAGUUCAAUGGACGACUGGCGGCGCCGUGUCGAACGAAUGGGGUCCCGCACUCCUGGAGGCCGAUCCUGCGCCUCAAAAUGAGAUAUCGCUCACCGCAACAACGUCCGAUGUCCCCCCGAAGCCCAGGUUGCACUUCACUGGUCCUUCCGGCGGGCGCGCUCUGGCCUACAGAGGUACCGGCCGCUACGGCAAUAACCCCUAG